AUGUCGCCGCAUGCCGUGCAACCAACCCCCGGGCCACCGCGCCCAGGCCUCGACUUUCACAAAUAUGCAAUCACCAGAAACGCCUUCCUCCCAGACCAGAGCCCCGUCGCCGUCCUGUCGGACCCGUACUACGCGCCGUGGGAGGCCAUCGGGCAGAACCUGGCCGAGCUGAUCGACACGGACGCCAUCCGGGACGCGGUCCGGCGGAUGCCGCUCCUCUCCGUCGACAAGCUCGUGUCCGAGCCCGAGUGGCGCCGGGCGUACAGCAUGCUGGCCUUUAUGACGCACGCGUACGUCUGGGGUGGCGACAAGCCCGAAGAGAUUCUGCCCCCUCAAAUAUCAGUCCCCUUCCUGCAAGUCUCCGCACACGUCGAGCUGCCCCCCGUGCUCACCUACGCGGCCGCGAACCUCUGGAACUUCACCUGCCCCUCCGGUUCCUCCUUCUCCGACUCGGAGCAGCUCUCCCUGUGCUUCUCCUUCACCGGCACCGCCUCCGAGUCGCGGUUCCUGCUCCUCAGCGUCGCCAUGGUCGCCGCCGGCCUCGACGCCCUCCGCGCCUGCAUCGACGGCGUCGCCGCGCUGCUCGACCGCAUGCCCGAGCGCUGCGACCCCAUGAUCUUCUACCACCGCAUCCGGCCCUUCCUCGCCGGCAGCCAGAACAUGGCCGCCGCGGGCCUGCCCCGCGGCGUCUUCUACGACGAAGGGGACGGCAAGGGGGAGUGGCGGAGGCUGCGCGGGGGUAGUAACGGCCAGAGCUCGCUGAUCCAGUUCUUCGAUGUGGUGUUGGGCGUGGAGCACGCCGGUCACGGCGGUGCCUCGCACGCGAGCUUCCACGAGGAGGUCCGCGAGUACAUGCCGGGCCCGCACCGGCGGUUCCUGGUGCACGUGGCGCGCAUGGGCAGCAUCCGCGAGUUCGCGAUGCUCCCGGAGGACGGCUGCCCGGAGCAGCGGCAUCUGCGCGAGGCGUACACGGCGGCGACGACGGCGCUUGCGGCGUUUCGGCAGAGGCACAUCGCCAUCGUCACGAGAUACAUCAUCAUCCCGUCGCGGCAGCCGUGGGAGGGAAAGAGGUGGAGGCAGAACCUCGCGAGCUCGUCGUCGGCGCUGCAGGGCGACGAGAAGCUGACGGGCACCGGGGGCACGGCGCUGGUGCCGUUCCUGAAAAAGGCCCGCGACGAGACGACGGAGGCGGGCAAGCUGCAGCGGAGGCAGUAG